AUGGUAUGUUUGCUUGCUGUUGCCAAGGGGCAGUAUGACUAUACGCCGAUAUCUCAUGCCGGAGAUGGUCGCGGAGGUCUGAUUGGCACAAUUGGCUCUGGCUCCGGCUCGGAUGAAGGUCUUGUACAGCACGGCGCUGCUCAGUUGUCGGAACCCAUACUCAUUGCCAACGAGUUCAACAAGGAGUUCUAUACGUACAGCGCACCGGAGCAGGAGUUCGACAAUGGACAUGCCAACGAGCAGAUCUCCAAUACGUUGAGAAAGAAUCUGCGUGUGCUGUUCAUCAAGGGUCCUGAGAAUACGGGUCUGGAGCAGGCAGCCCUGCAGUUGGCCUCAUCCGCCUCCGACGAUCGCACGGCUAUCUAUGUGCUCAACAAACAGGCCGAUGUGAGCGAGCUGACCAACAAACUGAACCAAAUCAAACUGCAGUCCAAUAAUAAGCCCGAGGUGCACUUUGUCAAAUAUCGCACCCAGAGCGAUGCUGAGAAUGCACAGCGUAUCAUUCAGGCUCAGUAUGAUUCACUGCCAGGUCGCUCGAGCAAUCACAAUGCCGGCUCCUCGGCUCCAGUGCUUGACUUUGCCACAAAGAGCGUUGGCGGCAGCGGUAGCGGCAGCGGUGUCAUUGCCACAGGCGACGCACAGGCGCCAUCGACUAGCGCGUAUUUGCCACCUAGCCGAAGGUUUUAA